UCGACGGACACACACGUUUCGACAAAAACACGCGUACAGAAUUCGCGACAAUUUUUUUCUAUCAUCUGUGUUUCAUUAGAAUCGGAACCAGAUUUUUGUAUUAACUUUUCGUAUUUUUUGGAAAAAAAAUAUACGCAUGAUUUUGGUAACACAGUCAGACGUGAACGGGGUUUUCGAACUAAAAAUAGACUAAAGUAGUGCACUGUCACAGUAUUUAGACAAGUUUUUUUGUGUGAAAAACCAUACAAUAGUGUCUAUUAAUUAUAAACUAUUUUCGUGUGUGAAUUAAGGGUAAAAUGGCGAAAGAUGUGAACUGUGACGUGAUCCUGGCGGAACUCGGCCAGUUCGGGAGAUACCAGGUCCUGAAUUACUGUCUGAUCAUGGUCCCUAUAAUGUUCAGUGCGGUGUACAACGCGCAAUAUGUCUUCAAUGCUGGCACGGUCCUUCACAGAUGCGCAGUACCAGAAUGCGAGUCCCCACCGUACCAGUACGAGACCGGCGAAUGGGGUCUCUGGGCGCUUGGGUCCCAGUGCGCGCGGCCGGCGCCUAGUGAAGAUGGCGCGUGCGCCCAGGCCGCCUUCAGCACCAAUUAUACCGUAACGUGCGAUCAGCAUGUUUAUGGUAGCCAUGAUACCAUUGUAGCUGAGUUUGACUUGGCGUGCCAGGAGUGGAAACGCACGCUGGUGGGCACCAUACACAGCGCGGGACUGUUCGCCGCGUUACCGCUUACUGGCUAUGUCUCUGACACUUUUGGCCGUCGCACGGCGUUCGUCAUGACCGCGGUGUUGGCGGCGCUGAUGGGCCUAAUACGAUCCUUCUCUGUCAACUACGUCAUGUACCUCGUGUUUGAGUUCCUGGACGCUACGCUGGGCUCUGGCGUAUACAGUACGGGCUUUAUUCUAGCGCUAGAAAUGGUGGGCCUCAAACGGCGAGUGCUCGGCGGCAACAUAAUCUCUAGUUCCUUCGCAAUCGGCCAAGUGAUUCUCGCCCUAGUGGCCUGGUACGUCCCCUACUGGAGGCAUUUAACCCGCGUCCUCUACGUACCAUCUUUCCUCUUCAUCUUCUACUACUUCCUCAUCGAAGAAAGCGUGAGAUGGCUGCUAAGCAAAGGCAGAAAACAAGAAGCUGCUAGAAUUAUCUAUAAAGCUGCUGCUAUUAAUAAGAAGGAACUGUCUCCAGAAUCCCAAAAGCAGUUAGAAUCUCCUAAUGAGCCUACGGAAGUUGCAGUCACUGAGCAAACGUCUUUUAGCAGACCUCAAAAGAAAUCGCUGUUCAAACAAGUUUUGAAAUCAAAGAUUCUCAUGUCACGUCUCUUCAUUUGUUCAUUCUGGUGGAUUACCGUGACUUUCAUCUACUAUGGAUUAUCAAUCAACUCGGUUUCUCUGGCCGGGAACCAAUACGUGAACUUCAUGUUGACGUCUCUCGUGGAGAUCCCUGGGUACGCGCUGAGCGUGCUGACGCUGGACCGCUUCGGACGCAAGAGCUCCAUCAUGACAGCGUUCUUUGUAUGUGGAUCCGCUCUCAUCGCUUUGCCUUUUGUUCCCGAGGACCUAACCUGGAUCCACACGUGCCUCACAAUGCUGGGCAAGCUGUGCAUCAGCAUGGCCUUCAGCUCCAUAUAUAUCUACACGUCGGAGCUGUUCCCUACCGAGGCACGACACUCUAUGCUCGGAACCUGUUCUAUGAUUGGAAGGAUUGGCAGCAUUGUGGCACCUCAGACACCAUUACUGAUGCAAAUCAUGGUGUCGCUCCCAUACCUGAUCUUCGGCGUGAUGGCGGGCAUCUCUGGCGGUCUCAUGCUGCUCACGCCGGAAACUUUGCGGUUACGACUACCCGACACCAUCGAGCAGGCGGAAGCUAUGGUGGUCGCACCGCGGACGACCAAACGUACAGAUAUCAUCGUGGAUUAACCUGACUAUGUUGGUCCACACGAGGUAUCAACUCCCAGUCUGAUAUAUCGAUACGUAGAGAGCGGUCACUCGCACAACAGUGACGUACAGCGAGCUGAAAAAUUGCAUGGACACAUUAUGAAUACAUUUAUUCUGCCGCUUCUUUCCGCUGUUGCUUUACGCGACAUUUCUAUCUUUACCACUUACAUGGUAGACCUCAACUGUGCGUUUCUCCGGAAACUUCCUGCCUCGCACAGAUAAACUGCGAAAUGUGUCGCACACGGUAUUUCCGGACCAAUACCACCUUCAAACCUUCAAGGAAAGAGCAUCUUAAAGGCCGGCACCGCACUUGCAACCGCUCUGGUGUUGCAGGUGCAACGGUAAUUGCUUACCAUCAGGUGAUUCGUCUGCUCGUUUACCUCUUAUAUAUAUAAAAAGUGACCAUGCAAAUUUUAUUCGCCGCUCUCUACAUGCCGAAACUUUUACUACAAACACAUUACAAAUGUGUAAAAGAUAUAAUAUAUUUUUAGUGUGAUAUAUCUACAUUGUGAGAGAGGGAAGAAGAAGUACCUAUUUACUAAAUAAAAAUAUAAAUUGCUUAUAUUUUCGAAACCCGCAGUGUUCGUUGGCAGCUACAUAUUGAAUUUAAAACUUCAAGUAUUUAAAUACAAUGGGAACCGAAACGUCAAGAACUAAAUUACACAAGUAAAUAAUAAAAAUACUUCUCUCAAGGGAAAUAAGUUUUUCCGUAGUAUUUUUCACAUAGCUUGGCUUUGUGACAACUGUCACCGUCCCAAGCUAUAAAGUGAUUGACACUGGUCAGUUAGUAUUAAGAAUUUUAUUAUAUUGUACAUUUUAUUAUAUUACUGUAGAAUUUUACUAAAUUAACAUUGUUUUUGUGCCAUUAUGUUUCGUUUACGUACCUAUUAAUAGUUAAGGUGAGUGUAUAAGGUCUGUGGAAUCUAAGAAAAUUCGUCCUUCGAAUUUGAUAGAAGUUACUUUUUACAAAUUAGUUACAGAAAAGAUAUGGCAUCGUACCAUCGCCCGCACUGUUAACUGACAGUACGUAAACCUUAUUACAAAACGCAUAAGGUCCACUGAUGGACAGUUAACCCUUACUCAGGCUGCAGGCUGACAGUUCAAAAAUGACAAUCGAAUGUCAGUCUUACUCAUUGAAAAUAGAACACAAGUUUAACGUGCCGUAUGUGGGAAAUAUAUCCCCACCAGCCUGGUAAAGGGUUAAGUGUUACUGUUUGUACAGUCGCCAUCAGAUGUAAAGGAGCGGCCAAGGUGCUCUCAAAUAUCUGAACACGCGUCUAUUGCCAAGGCGUUAGAGUGCGUGUUCAGAUAUUGUGAACACCUUGGUCGCUCCGAUCUAUCUGAUGGCGACUGUACUGCAACAUCUUUGGCUGUCAAACUCGGCGCACUGGUUUUUUCUUAGAUCUUACACAUCUUAUACUUAUCAAUGUUUUAUUUGGUAAUAAAAAGUGUAAUGUCUUGUGCUCUCAGUUUUAAUGUAAUGAUUAUAAUUAAUGUCAAUACGGGUAACUGUAGCUAAGGGAUAAGUUUAGUGUGACCGACCUUAGCGUUAGGGCUUGCUUACACAUUCAUCAUCAUCAUCAUCAUCUCAGCCAUAAGACGUCCACUGCUGAACAUAGGCCUCCCCCUUGGACCUCCAUACGUGCCGGAUGGGGGGUGAAUGCCAUAAGCGCCACGCUUGGCAGGCGGGUUGGCGAUCGCAGUCGAGUACACCGAAUUUGAGGGACGCUGCUGCCCGUCCACCGGUGGUUUUGGACGUAGUUUAAGGACAUACCCGGGUCCGGGUCCGGGCUUACACAUUGAUAAGCGAUUAUUGCAAGUACAUUUGCUAGAAUUAGACCAAAAAAAGUCUGCAGUGACUUUGAUAGCCCACGCAGUGCAAGUAUUAUUUUAAACGUCAAACUUCUAUGAAAUUAUGACGUAUAAAUAACACUUGCACUGCGUGGGCUAUCAAAGUCGCUGCAGACUUUCCUUGGUCUAACUCUACUUGCAUUUAAUGGCAAAUGUAUGAACUCGCACUAGACACUAGUCGGUAUCGUCCCAUUCGUUUAUCGUCAAGUUCUUAAAUUAGUCCUAUUCUGAUUUCGUCGCACAUUCUAUAUUAAAAGCCACCGACGAAUGUAGAAUGAGUGUCGAAAGCAGAAUAGGACUAAAGAACUUGACGAAAAACGAAUGGGACGACCCAAGACGAUACCCACAAAUCAAUGUGUAAACAGGCCCGGUAUGAAGGCCAGACAGACUUACCCCGCAGACACACUUAACCGUAUUUACCUUAUUACCUGAAUGCGCUGGUCGCUUGCACAUGAAUUGUAUCAUCUGAAAAUUGUACAUACAACUGGUUCAGUCAUCUUUCUUAUAUUUUUUGUAAUUAUUGUCUACAAAAUCUUAUUUUAACGUAAACUGAUAAUGAUGAACAAUCCUAAAUCCUAAUCAUGUCAUUUUAUUUGACAUUAUGUAUUUAUGUAUAGGUAUGUAGAGUCAGACCAAGAAAAGUCUGCAGAGAUUUUGACAGCACACGCAGUUGAAGUGUUAUUUAUACGUCAUAAUUCAAUCAAUCAAUCAAAUAAUCGAUUUCAUAGAAGUUUGACGAUUAAAAUAACACCUGCACUGCUGUGUGCUGUCUAAAUCUCUGCAGACUUUUCUCGGUCUAACUCUAGCAAUAGCAUGUACAAUUUGCGCAUAAUAUUUUUUAUCAAUUUACGAAAUUGUCAAUCAUAAUGUACCUAUAAUUAUGAAAUUUAAUUAUAUGAUGUAUGAUAUUUCAGUUUUAUUUAUUUCAAUUACUAAAUAAAUGAUUAAAGAAUAAAUCUAGUGUAAUUGUUGCGAUUUAUCAUGAAACAUUCGUAACACUAUGAAUAGGUACUAUGAUAAUUAGCUAUAUUGAUGAAAAUUGUGAUUUUACCUUUUACUAUUUCUAGGAAUUUUAUUUAUUAAACAAGUACGAUAUA